AUGACUCGAGCUUCUACUUCCGCUGCCAACUUUGGCCUCCUUCUGGUAGCUUUGGCUCUGAUGCUUCACUCUGUUGUGGGCGAGCACACCCCUAGACAUGUCCGUCGCCAUCUCUCUUUUCCCGGAAAGGAAUAUGAGUGGUGCUUUGAAAAGCUUACUCCUGCUGAGAAAGAUUACAAGAAACUCUGCGAAGGCAAAAGUCAUCCCAAGCAUCCUUGCUUCGUUCACUGGGCUGGUGACCUUACAACCGCGGAUGUUUGCCCCCACGAUGAUCCAUUCCACCAAAUGGGAAGGCUCGUGAUCAAGAACAAUCACAUGACGGAUUUCACACUGGAUACACCUACUGAUUUCUUCUUGAUCCACUAUCCCAAACACGGUGGAGUUCGCCUCCUCUACGAGAACUACGAUCCUUCGACCGGAUGCAAGGACAUCACUCUCUAUGAAGGUAAAGACCCUUUCUGGAGGAUCUGGGUCUCGGACGAGUAUGACGAUGACAAGGAUAUCGAUACUAAGAAGUAUGAAAAGACAAGCAAGAGAUUCUGCUCCAAGUGGAUCCACAUUCACGUCAAGAAAGAUGAGUUGGCCCAGUAA